CCCACCUCGGGUGCUCGUGUUUGAUGAGGAUUGGGAUAUCACACGUCGUGCACCUGUGCUCAACAAGGAGGAGAUGAUUUGGCAGGACAAGAUCACCUAUGCAAUCGACGCGGCUGAGGGCAGAAUCGACCUCAUAGGCGAGGGUCUCACAUACAUACCAUCUCAGAUCGGCGAGCUGGCAAAUCUUGUGCUCAUGCCAGCGCUGGGCGCUUUUCCCUCCCCUGCUCGCACCAUCCGCACCUUCUCUCGUAGCCACACUACCCCAGCGACACGGCUUGAGCGCGAGGCGUUAUUCUCCGCAUCGCAUCCCCUGGGCGGACAGCAUGGUCUGAUGCUAUUUUUGUCCAAGAAUCAAAUUCGCUCGCUACCGACUGAGUUGUUCUCGUUGCAGAACCUCGUCGUUCUCAGUUUACGGAACAACGCGCUAACCUAUAUCCCGCCCCAGAUCGCGCAGCUGUGUGCCCUCCGCGAACUUAAUGUUGCGAACAAUCGUAUCACGAUCCUCCCGGCAGAACUGACUGCUCUACGUCUCGACAGGCUUUCUGUUACUCCAAAUCCCCUUCUCCCUGUCCCUUCUCCAGCUGAGGCAAAGCACCUCCGCACGCGCAUCGUAGGGCCUACCACCCGCAUGCUCGGCCGCGUGCCCCCACUCUCGGAACUCAUCCUCCGAUAUCUCAUCUCGCCCUCUGCGCCCGCCUCGCCCUCGAACCCCAACCCACAGUCCAUUCUUGCUCAGCACUUCCAGCUGCCUCUUCUUGAUUCGCUGAACCUCCGACCGGACUUUACGCGAGUCCUCAGUGCAUCUGUUCCAGGCGCAGUCGCACUCCCGUCUCCUUCAAAACUGCGGCAUCCGCCCGCAAUCCCGCACGUGCCUUCUGAUCCUGAUACGAUUGGGAACAAUGACGAGGCAGAUGAGGCCGUGGUCGGCAUGAGUCACUGCCCCGCGCCACAUCACCUCGCGCCAGGAGACGUUGGGCAAAACUUACCUGAAGGACAUUGGACUUGGAACGACGCUCCGUAUGCGCAAUGCGCGGAAAAUCGUAUUGUAUGGGUCGAGUAUAUCGCUGGCCAUAAAGUGGGUUCUGGGGACUAUCGGGUUCCCCUGUUGUGGCGCGGAUGCGGGGUCGGAUGUCUGGAUUUUCUCGGGGUAGAGGAGGAGGAACAAGCGCGUUGCCUACAGCAAGCUCAACAUCAGUCACAGCAAGAACAAGACGCAGUGGAGGAUGCAGAUAUGUCGUUGGCAGACGAAGACGUCACCAUGGCAGAGGCAUGAGGGGGUGCGUGUUUGAGAAAAGUCAUCGCUCUCAUAAGUAGCACUCUGGAAUCAUCUAUCUCUAUCUUGUAUCUUGUACCCAGCAUGACUUUUGGCUGUCCUCAUUGUACUAUCUUGCAUCUGCAUAUACACCAUCGUUGUCGUUAAAGUG